AUGAAGCUGGCCUUCGUCGUCAGCUUAUAUCGCUCCUGUCUCGGCCUUGUGCGCAUCGGAGUCGGUGAUAUGCCCGUCUCACUCAGCACAUUCCAGAUCCCAACGGUGUACAGGGCAGUUGCACGACAUGGGUUUGAAUCCAAGCUCGCCAUCACGAUCCAAUCACUUCAAUCAAUCAAAAUGAUGUCUUUCAAUCCUCUUUGCAUCAAAGCCGCAGUGCUUCUGACGGCGGCUAUCGGUGUCAUUGCGAACCCCGUCCUCAAAGACCGCGCCAGCUCUUGCGAUGUCGUCCUUUGCGCUUCUGGCAGCGUUUGCCAAGUCAUCGAUAACGUUCCGGAGUGUGUUGGCGGCCAGAAAUGCGGCAUGGGCAUGGCUGUUUGUGGGGCCGGCUUGGUAUGCUGCAACGCCCUCUGCAACAUUUGCACCAAACCCGGCGAGUUCUGCGUCCAAGGCUGCCCGGUGACCGACCCAGUAGUUGAAGCCUCAGCUGGCCCAGUCUGUGGUUCAAAGACUUGCGCUUCGGGCGAGGUGUGCUGCAACCCCCUCAUGGAUAUCUGCACCAAACCCGGCGACGUUUGUAUCCUAGGCUCCAACGCGGCAGUUGCGGCUAUCUAG